CGUUGUUUAUCGCGUUGUUUUCGACACAGCUGACCGCUGCCUGGCUAGAAGAAAUAAACCUGGCUAGCCUAGCAGGACGGACAGUUAGCGGCGCAGAGAGCCGGAGGACAGCGAAGGUAAACUAACGAGGACAGCGGGGACAGGGACAGCAGCGAGUCUUUCACCUCCGGCGAUGCUGACGCGUAGCGUAGCAGCCGGCUAACGUUAGCGCCGUCCCGACCCUGCGGGGGACCGACAUCAAUGGCACAGCCGAACGACGAUCAAAUAAAAGGCGACAUCAACGGGAACGCGUUAGCUUGGUUUCAAUGUUAUUGUUAAUUCAAACCGUCAUAUGGUCACAAUGUCCUGGUCUGGAAACCUGGUUUGGGAUGUAAACAAACGUCUAAUUGGAUACAACGAGCCGAACGCCAUCAGGACCAACUACUUAGGUAGAAGAGAAUUUGUUCAAAGACUUAAACUUGAAGGGACGCUGAAUGUACACGAUGGCUGUGUCAACACGAUAUCCUGGAAUGACACCGGUGAAUAUCUCCUGUCGGGUUCAGACGACACCUUUCUGGUCAUCUCCAACCCGUACAACAAAAAGGUCAAGAAGUCCAUUCGCUCAGGCCAUCGGGCGAACAUCUUCAGCGCCAAGUUCAUGCCGCACACUAACGACCAGGAGAUCGUGUCCUGCUCCGGAGACGGCAUCAUCUACUACACCAACACAGAGAAGAGUCCCGAGCACAACCGGCAGUGUCAGUUCACCUGCCAUUACGGAACGGCUUACGAGAUCAUGACGGUACCAAAUGACCCCUACACGUUUCUGUCGUGCGGGGAGGACGGCACGGUGCGGUGGUUCGACCUUCGCACGAAGACGAGCUGCACUAAGGAAGACUGCAAAGAUGACAUUCUGAUAAACUGUCGAAGGGCAGCGACCUCUAUAUCCAUCUCUCCUCUCGUGCCGUACUACCUGGCCGUGGGCUGCUCCGACAGCUCGGUGCGGAUCUACGACAGACGCAUGCUGGGCACCAGAGCGACAGGUAACUACAUGGGCCGGGGGACGACGGGCAUGUGCGUGAGGUUUGUUCCCGCUCACCUGUCCAACAAGUCGUGUCGCGUGACCUCUCUCUGCUACAGCGAGGACGGUCAGGAGGUGCUGGUCAGCUACUCCUCCGAUUACAUCUACCUGUUCGAUCCCAAAGAUGACCAGGCCCGAGAGCUGAAGGGCCCGUCGGAGGAGAGGAGGGAGGAGCUGAGGCAGCCUCCAGUGAAGCGCCUCCGUCUACGAGGUGACUGGUCUGACACGGGACCCCGAGCUCGCCCUGAGAGCGAGAGGGAGAGGGACGGUGAGCAGAGCCCCAACGUGUCUCUGAUGCAGAGGAUGUCGGACAUGUUGUCUCGCUGGUUCGAGGAGGCCAGCGAGGCCCAGAGCAGCAGAGGAACUCGGCCUCAGACACGACCCAGAGCCAUCGGUCCCGAAGGGGCGUCGACUACUCCAGCUGCCGCCGCGGGCGGCUCUGGUCAGGAGUCCAGCGCCCCCGGUCGGCCCGCGGGGCCGAUCGCCCAGGAGGUACCAGCCGCUGCCGACGCCGCUGCCGCCGUCCCUGAAUCCACCUCCUCUUCGUCCUCAGGGUCGUCGUCAACGGUCACGGCAAUUCCUCCUUCCAGCUCUUCAUCAGUGGAGAGCUCGGCUCCCUCCUCCUCCUCCCCCCUCACCUCCUCGCCUGACUCUGAGCAGAGUGGUCAGGCGGCUGCGACCGUGACCUCCACGCCCGCACCUACGCCAACCUCAGAACCCGCUCUCUCAGAGUACGGUCCUCAUCGGCUGCCCAUAAGUUUAGUGUGUAGGCGUUUGCAGAGGUUACUGCGGCUGGCCGACCCCCCAGGACAGGGUCCGCGUGCUGCCCGUUCUCCUACUCCUUCUUCCUCCUCCUCCUCCUCCUCCUCUCCUGCAGUCACUGAGGGGCAGUCACAGGGAGCUGCCACUACUGCCGCUGAGACGCAACCCCUCACAGAUUCUCCCUCGUCUGUGGUAAACAAACAGCUGGGAUCCAUGACUCUUGAUGAACAGCAGGAAGCCGCAGGUUCAAGUCCCGAUCAAGCCGUUCCUGCACCAGUCAGCACCAGCGCACCCACCACCUCCACCAACAUGGCCGGCACCAGUCGACCCAGCGCCGCAGAGCCAGUGCUCAGCCUUCACUACAGCUCGGAGGGGACCACCACCAGCACCAUCAAGCUGGACUUCACCGAUGAGUGGAGCAGUAGCACAUCCAGCUCAAUGGGGAGUGGAGGUCCCAAAGCAUCGGAGGCCGUGGCCAUCCAGAGCAGAGACACUCUGUCGACGGGGAGUUCAGGGUCGGAGCAACCGAUGUGUUUUCCCCCCUCAGCUGCGCCCGUGUCCUCGGGGCAGCAGAGCGCCCUGGCCGCCUCCACGGAGGCCCCCUGCAGCGCCUCCUGCUCGGCGGCGGGCUCCUCUCGGGGGGGCGCCGUGGCUCCUCCACCGGUGGAAAGGAGUCAGCCGGAGGGCACCGAGGACGCGUCGGGAGGCUGCAGGAGAGCGGAGCCGAGGGGGGAGGAGGAAGACGAGGGCCAGAGUCAGCCCGCGCGGGGCCACCAGGACUCCGACGACAGCGACGACGACCCGAUUCUCAUCCCGUCCACGAGGUUCCGAGGUCAGGGACAGAGAUUAAAUUCCAGAGGAUCUGCAGUAGGAGAUAGGAUGAUCAGGCGCUCAGCCGCCGCUCGCAUCCAGGAGCUGUUUCGCCGGAGGAAAGAACGAAGGGAGAUGGAGGAGAGCGAGACGCAGAAUAUCAGGAGACCCUCAGUGAAGAUGGUCUACAAAGGCCACCGCAACUCCAGGACAAUGAUAAAGGAGUCCUGUUUUUGGGGGAACAACUUUGUGAUGAGCGGCUCAGACUGUGGCCACAUCUUCGUCUGGGACAGACACACAGCGGAGCACCUCAUGCUGCUGGAAGCAGACAACCACGUGGUGAACUGCCUGCAGCCGCACCCAUACGACCCCAUUCUGGCUUCUUCAGGGAUUGACUACGAUAUCAAGAUUUGGUCGCCACUGGAACAGUCGGCAUCGUUCAACAGAGCCCUGGCCAAUGAGGUAAUAACUCGGAACGAGCUGAUGCUCGAGGAAACCAGGAACACAAUCACAGUCCCGGCCUCGUUCAUGCUCCGCAUGCUGGCCUCCCUUAAUCACAUCAGAUCAGAUCGACUAGAAGGUGAUCGAUCCGAAGGUUCAGGACAGGAAAAUGAGGACGAGCAGUAGCCCGCUGGCAUUUUAUUUUAAAGAACUUUCUUCUCGCUGUAUAGCACUUGAAAAGAAAAAAAAAAAGAUUUGUACAAGUAUAGUGUAGAAUAUUUCCUUUUGAAAAUUAGUGUAAUUUCUAGCCCCGUGUUUUUUUAAGAUGACUUUCUUACUGAUGUUUCUGUAUGAGGAUAAAGUACAUCUGUGUGAAUGCAAAAGGCAACGUCAGUAUAUAAAUAUAUUAAGUGUGAGAUUAAUGGUGGCUGGUGUGUAAGGAUGUUACGUGCAAUAUUAUUUUGUUAGGAGAAAGUGAGCUUUGAUCAGUGUUAAUGUGUGACAUUUUGAAUUUGUAGCACAAAGCUGAGAAAUGUCGAUGUGCUGCUCCAGGAGUUCCGCAUGUAUACAAGGACUUUAAGUAAAAACAUACUUGGA